AUCGCUCGGAGCAUUGUGGGUAAUAGUAGGAACAUGGCUGGCAGACUUUGCUCUGGUCCACUCUGUCUCGUUCCACACAAAUCUUCAAAUUUCUAAGUCAUCUGACAAGUGGCGGCGACCGUGGCUAUACACAGCUCAUCGUAAACGUGUCGUGACUAUCAGUGUGUUAAUGUAAGAAAAUCUGGCGGGUUUAAUAAUGUGAAAAUUGCGGAUAUCUGGAAUUACGACUCCGCCGUCGAGACGAGCGGCCGUAAAAUGGCCGACCGUCAGCCAUCUUUGACCGCCACGUAACUCGGCGCUUGCUGACGCCCCGAGCCACAGUGCUGAGUGUUCUUGCUCGACUGAAUUGAAACUAACUAAUAUUAUUAAACAUUAGAGCAAUAUUAGAUAAUAAGUGAGCGUUUAUUAUAAUAAUUUUAGGGAUUAAGAGGAUCGGACUCUGGUUCCGUGAGGUAGACGUCGCCGGCUCAAGAUGAGGGAGCAUGUAGAAGACAGUGGCUCAGACAGUGAAGAGGAGCAGUCUGGGUCAGGUAGCGGAGUAGAUAACGACAAUGACUCGGACAACAAUGAAAAUGAAAGCAAGUCUGGUGGUGGAAGUGACUCAGAAUCUGGAUCUGGCAGUGGAAGUGGAUCUGGUUCUGGAAGUUCAUCAGACUCAUCAGACAACAACAACAAUUCUGAUUCAGAUUCUGACAAUAAACAGUCUGGAUCGGAUGAUGAUGAUGAGGAGGAGGAAGAUAAAGAUGACAAUGAUGAUGAGGAUAAGUCUGAUGACCAAGAUGAAGAUGAGAAUGAUCGAUCAGGAAGCUCGUCUAGCAGUGGACGAGGAAAUUCUAGGAAGGGAAGCAAGGAGGAAUUGAAGCCGAGUUCUUUGCAGUGUUGGGAGGAGAAUCCUGACAUCUAUGGGAUACGUCGCUCGGCGAGAGAACGUAAGGAGCCUGAUCGUAUGAAAGUGGAACACCAAGAAACGGCUAAAAAAUAUAGAAAAAGAAAGAGCUCCAGUCAGUGGAACAGUUCUGAGCAAUCAGAUAGUGAUAAUUCUGAUUAUGAUUCGCCCAAACAUAAAAGAAAGCCUCCGAGCAAAAAAUCAAGUUCAUCUUCCUCUAAGAAGAAAUCGCAUAAAAAGCAUAAAAGUAGCAGUGAAGGUAGUGAGAGUGAAGGUGGGACCAAAAGACGAGGGUCAAAUCGUGCUGCCAAAGAAGUGAGUUAUAAGGAAGCAGAAAGUGAAGAUGAAGAGGAAGAUGAAGAAGAUUUGAUAGAAGUAGACUGGUCGCAAACAAUAUCCAAGGAAGAAGAAAAUGCACACACUAUAGAGAAAGUGUUAGACCAUAGGAUUGGGAAAAAAGGAGGAAUGGGUUCCAUGCUGGUACCACACACUCCAGCACUGGCCUCACCUGUGGGGAUGCCGACCUACAUCUAUGAAGUUGAGAAAAAUGGUGAUCCCAAUUCAGAUUUUAACCCCAAUAAUCCUGAAGAAGUUGAAAAUCAGUAUUUAGUGAAAUGGAAAGGGUGGGCUCAUCUUCACAACACCUGGGAAUCAGAAGAGUCGCUGAAGACCCAGAAGUACAAUGCAUUUCAGAUCAAAGGUAUGAAAAAGUUGGAGAACUAUCUGCGGAAAGAGGAGGAGAUGGAUUUGUGGCGAAAACAAGCAUCGCCAGAAGAAGUAGAAUAUAUGGAGAUCCAGUCUGAAUUAGAGAAGGAAUUAUAUCAGUCACAUAUCAGAGCAGAAAGAAUAUUUGCCGAGGCUCAGGAGAAUGGCAACACCUACUACUAUGUGAAGUGGGAGAAUCUUCCAUAUGCUGAAGCUACGUGGGAAUUGGAAGAUCUUUGUAAUACAAGAUUUAGUGAACAAUUAAAACAAUUUAAAGAACGGGAAAAAUCCACUUGCACUCCGAAGCAGUGUUCAGCAUUGAAACAUAGACCCAAGUUUGCUCCAAUGAAGGUGCAGCCAGACUACUUAGGUGGUGAAAAUGAGGACCUAGAGUUGAGAGACUACCAGAUGGAAGGUGUUAAUUGGCUGAUUCAUGCAUGGUGUAAACAUAAUUCUGCUAUUCUGGCAGACGAAAUGGGUCUUGGGAAGACAAUCCAGACAAUUGCAUUUUUAAGUUACCUGUUCCAUACACACCACAUGUAUGGUCCUUUCAUCCUUAUCCUGCCAUUGUCUACGCUGAAUGCUUGGCAAAAAGAAUUUGCAACAUGGGCACCAGACAUGAAUGUCAUUGUUUAUAUUGGUGACAGAGAUUCUAGAAGAAUUGUUACAGAAUUUGAAUGGACUCAUUCAAGUAAACGAAUCAAGUUUAAUGCCGUCCUUACAACUUACGAGAUUCUUUUACGUGACAAAGAAUACCUGCGAGACUCGUGCCAUUGGGCAUGUCUAGUAGUAGAUGAAGCGCAUAGAUUAAAAAAUGAAGAGUCGCAGCUAUAUCAAGCCUUGAAGGAAUUCCGCACCAAUCAUCGUCUGCUUAUUACGGGUACCCCUCUUCAGAACUCACUCAAGGAACUAUGGGCUCUCCUCCAUUUCAUCAUGCCUGAAAAGUUUGACGAUUGGGAAUACUUUGAAUCACAACACGAUGGGGAUAAUAUGAAGAAAGGUUUUCACCGUCUCCAUCGUCAGCUUGAGCCUUUCUUACUGCGCAGAGUUAAGAAAGACGUUGAAAAAUCCCUGCCAUCCAAGGUUGAGCAGAUUUUACGUGUGGAUAUGAUGCAGCAACAGAAACAAUAUUAUAAAUGGAUUCUAACCAAAAAUUAUGAAAUGUUGAAAAAAGGCAAUAGGGGACCGACGUCAAGUUUUGUUAAUAUUGUGAUGGAACUGAAGAAGUGCUGUAAUCACUGUUUUUUGACUAAAACCACAGAGGAAUUCAACAGUUCAGACAUAUUACAGCAAUUAUUAAGAGGUAGUGGCAAAUUGAUGCUGCUAGACAAACUUCUGGUACGACUUCGAGAGACCGGCCACCGAGUUCUUAUUUUCUCCCAGAUGGUGCGCAUGCUGGAUAUAUUGGCCCAGUACCUACAGUACCGCCGCUUUCCUUUCCAAAGGUUGGAUGGCUCUAUUAAGGGUGAAGUACGAAGGCAAGCUCUUGACCACUUCAAUGCCGAAGGCUCGAAUGACUUCUGCUUCUUGCUGUCUACUCGAGCUGGUGGUCUGGGCAUCAAUCUUGCUACCGCUGACACUGUAAUUAUCUUCGACUCGGACUGGAACCCACAGAAUGACCUUCAAGCUCAAGCCAGAGCUCAUCGCAUUGGCCAAAAAAAUCAAGUGAAUAUAUACCGUCUAGUCACAAAGAACAGUAUUGAAGAGAACAUCAUAGAACGAGCCAAGCAGAAGAUGGUUUUGGAUCAUCUCGUCAUUCAGUCCAUGGACACCUCCGGCCGUACUGUCUUUAACAAAAAGUUGACAAGUUCAAAUUCAACCCCAUUUAAUCGUGAGGAGUUAAAUGCAAUCCUUAAGUUUGGUGCUGAGGAGCUCUUUAAAGAUGAUGAAGAUAAUGAAGAGGAACCUGUGUGUGAUAUAGAUGAAAUCCUGAAAAGAGCUGAAACUAGGGAAGAUGCACCAUCUAUGGUUGGGGAAGAACUGCUCUCCGCUUUUAAGGUGGCCUCAUUCACUCUAGAUGAAGAUGAAGAAGUAUCUAAGAUGGAUUCUAUAGCAGAUGAAAAUACCAAAGACUGGGAUGAAAUUAUCCCGGAAGAUUUCAGAACAAAAGUAGAAGAGGAAGAGCGUCAAAAGGAGAUGGCAGAUUUAUAUCUACCGCCAAGGAAACGAAAAACUGUGAAUCAAGCGGGGCAGAAGGAAGAUGAAAAAUAUCCACGUUCCAAGAAAAAGAAGGAAGAAUCAGAGUCCAGCAACGAUGAUACUGAUGAUGAUCGACCCAAGAAACGGGGUCGUCCUCGCAUGCACCAUAAGGAAACUAUCAAAGGCUUUACUGAUGUGGAGGUCCGAAGAUUUUUCAAGAGUUUUAAGAAGUUCAGCAAUCCCUUGCGCCGCCUAGAUACCAUUGCUCACGAUGCUGACCUCAGAGAAAAGCCUAUGAAUGACUUGCGUAAAUUGGGUGAAACUAUUGUUGAACGUUGUGAGGAAUCCAUGAAGGAACAUGAGAGCCAGAAAGAAAAUGAAAAGACCCCUGACGUGAACGGGGAAGGUCAACCUAAACAACGACGGGAUAGAGGACCAUCUUUUAAGUUGUCUGGAGUUGCUAUUAAUGCCAAAACAACUCUCACAACUUUGGAGGAAUUAGCUCCACUUGACAAUGUUGUUCCUCAUGCUCCCGUGGAGAGAGCUUCAUGGACAUUACAAAUCAAGAGAGUGAAAGAUGCCCAUUGGGAUGUUCCUUGGGGCAUAGCUGAUGACUCAAGAUUGCUUUGUGGCAUCUAUGAGUUUGGAAUGGGUUCAUGGGCGCUGAUUAAGGCUGAUCCAGCUCUUAACUUGGGAGACAAAAUACUCCUACCUGGUGACCAUAAACCACAGGGAAAACAUUUAGAAAGCAGAGCACAAUAUCUUCUUAAACUCAUCAAGAAACACAUGGGUCUAAUACCUGUUAAGCCAAAUAUUCGCAAACCAAUAAAACCACGAAAGAUUAUUAAAGAACCAAAGGGAAUUUCGAAAGCCAUAAUAGAAAAUGAUGAUAGUUCUGACGAUGGGCUGACAAACUCCUCUCAUGGAACUAGCUCAAACCAGAAGAAGACAUCUAAGGAAACAAAAGAACACAAGGAUUCCAAGCCAAAAUCUAAAGAUUCAAAAGAGGAGAAAGAAGAUGGAGAUAAAGCUAAAGUUAAAGAAGAAACAGACAGCAAAGAUGCAGAAAAAGCAAAGAAAAAGAAAGAGAAGAAAGAGAAGAAGGAGAAAAAGGAGAAAGAGAAGAAAGCUGGACCUGUGCACAUAACAGCAAAUGGAGAACCUGUUCCUUUAGAUGAAACAAAGGAGUUGGACAAAACUCACCCUCUGUGGGAUGAGUGCAAAGAGAAGAUGAGACCCAUGAAGAAAGCUUUGAAAACUCUUGACAAUCCCAAUGAGAGUUUAAACCAAGAAGAACAAAUUCAACACACAAGACGCUGUUUAGUGCAAAUUGGAGACCAUAUCGAACGUUGCCUUGAAUCUUUGAAGGAUCCAGACUCUGUGCGUGAGUGGAAAAGUCUGUUGUGGCAGUUUGUCUCCAAGUUUACGGAAUAUGAUGCAAGAAAACUUCAUAAACUGUACAAAAAAAAUAGAAAGAUACAAGAAGAUAAGAAAGAAGGAGAGAAGGAUAAAGAUGAUAAGGAUAAAAAAGACGAAAAGAAAGAAAAGAAGGAUAAGGACCACGAAAAGAAGAAAGAUAAGGAGAGCAGAGACAAGCACCAUUCCCAGAAGAGAAAACCGGAAGAAAGUGGCAACCACAGCCCAUCUAAGAAGCCUUAUAACGGGUGGGCACAGAGGGGCCGAGAAGGCGAGAAGUGGGGUGAUAGAGACAAGAGCCGAGAUCGUGAAAGAGAGAAAGAUCGUGGUGAUAGAGACAGGCAGAGGGAGAGAGAUCGUGAUAGAGAUCGCUACUACCGCAAUCAUGCUGUGCCUGGCCGAGACUGGCACGGAAAUCCUGGGGGAAGGGAUUUCAAGGAAAGAUAUCCUCAAGAUUACAAUAAGAGAGAAGGAGGGGGAAGUUAUCAUCGUGAAGGUUAUAAACCUCAUGGAUACCACAGAGGUGGAGCUGAAUGGGGUGCACGACCUCAUCAUCCUAAACACCCUUAUGGGCCUCCAGGUGGAUAUGGUCCUCCCUAUUAUCCUCAACAUCCAUCAGGCCCAGGUAUGUAUGGGGGCCCGCCCCAAGCAGGCCAAAUGCCACACAGACCUCCACCAUUCAAUGCUCACCGUCCAGAUUGGGUUCAGAAGGAAAGAAUGGACAGACCCGACAGACCUCAACAAGAAUGGGGAAAAGAACGUCAAGACCGACCUCCGGCAUAUCAAAAAGAUUUCUCUUAAACUUAUAGUAUUAGUUGCAUAUAUUCAGUUGCAACAUUAAUCUGAAAUACUGCAUGAUAUAAAUUUCAAGAAGUUCUGGCUGUGGAAAUGGCCUCGGUUAGUAGUGUUGACAGUCGAAACAUUGAAACAAAGUAAGAAUAAUUAAGGACAACACUUAUAGAAUCCCUCUAAAACUUUAAUGUGUACCUCAGUGUGUCUUGAAAAUUUCAAGGUAUCACUUGUGAGACCCGUGUCUCCUUAUGGCUGUGAAUGUAAAUAAAACUCGUCUUUUGAAAGAUGACUCUGUAUAUUAGAUAAUAUAUGUAGAUAUUUAAAUAAAUAGAAGAUCCAUCAUUUCACUCAUUGUAAUCACCCUGAGUUUGUGAAUAUAGGUUAAUUUUUCAUCAUUGAGUAUCUUAUGCCAGAAAUAUAUUGAUUCAUUAUUCAUCCAGUGAUAUAUUUUCUGGUUUUGAUGCUUGAGCCAUUAAGUUAAAACAGUCUGCUUUUUAUGUGUAAGGACAAUUUCACUUUGCAUCACGUUGCAUUGUCACAGUGUUGGGUUUUUUCUUGUCACUUUUGUUUGUCAUUUAGAUCUACCCCUAAAUUUUGUCAUAUUAGUCUUCUCCCAGGCACACUCCCUGAAACAGGUUUUUAUCCAAAAAUCACAUCCUGCACAUCUUUUCCUUCCCACAUACCAUAAUUGCAUUCCUUCAUUUCCCCAAAACAAUACUUUUUUUUUUAACAUGCAAGCAGGUGUUAAGUGUAACUGUGUUUGGGCAUCAUGGAAACUUGUCAGGAUAAUGAUACAAUUUUGCUGCUGCAUCUUUGAAAAUAGAAGGAAUGGUGGGAUGGAUCGAGUAAACUAAGGCUCAUAAGAAACUAAAAUAAAUAGUUAUUCUCAUGCCCAGUGAAAAAUAGGAUUAUUAAUAAAGACUAAUUUGGUGGGUUGGUGACUUGUACUAUUCUUGUACCAUAAAGAACAGAGUACCAUUGUUAAUCUUUUCAUCAAGUUGUCAUUCACUAUAUAUUUUACAUAUUCAUACCUCAACAUAGCCUACUGUUAUAUGUACAUGUCUGGAUGAAUUAUUAAGGCUUUAUAUGUAAUUUAAACAGUUUUAAUUGAAGGCCCUUAUCUCCCCACAAUAUUUUUUUGUACAGUUUCUUGGGUUAACAUAAUUCAUAAUAUAAUCACAUUGGUGCAUCUGUGUCUUCUGAAGAGUAUUAUAUCAUGUUUGUAUUUAUGCAGAAUUUCUUUAUAAUAAACUUCAUUGGAGGUGACCAUUUUAAAUAAAUGAGAACAAAAUGGAUGCCUUUACCUUUGGGUAUCCCAGAACUGUAAAAAGUAUUAAGUACAUAUAACUAUUUAUGAAUAUAAUUAUGUCUUGUACUGUUUGAUUCCACUGUAGCAGACAUUCCUAGUAUAAUACACAUCAAUCUGGAAUGCUCAAAAGCUAAUUAUAGCUUUGUAUUAUAGUCCAACUUGUUUGUUUACAGUGAUGAUCAUGGUUUGACAAUUCUUGUAGAGUGUAAACUAAAGAUUACUAUUGUGAUUUGGUUUUCAGCAUACAGAAGUUGAUGAGAUGCAUUCAUAACUGUAUACAUAUAAUCUUUGUCUUUGUGAAAGUUAGUGCAGUAUUCACUGGCCACAUGUUUUUAUUAAUAUUUUUCAACCAUAUAUACCGAGAACACCUCGACCUUUCAGUACACAAAUUUACAUUGAGAAGUCUGCUUAAACAAUAAUUCAUUUACUUUUCUACUCUGUUCGAGUUAUACAUUUUAAACAAAAGUUAAUAAGAUUGUUUAGUGAUUUGUUAUGUAUUUUAUUAUACAAUAAUGUAUCCUUAUUUGUUUGGGGCAUGGCAUAGGUUUCUGGUAAUUAUUUCUUGUCUGAACUUUAUGUUGAUUUUGUUCAACAUGUCUAGCUCGAAACAGUGUUUUUUCCCCUGCAAUUGCUUGAAGUAUUUUAAAAAUGUUAUGGUUGGUCUUUACACCCCAAGUCUAAAAUGGUGCAUGUUAGUCAGGCGGCAGAGAGGUGGCAGCAACACACUCCCAAUAUUUAUUCAUUCCAAUUCAUAAUACUUUGCAUUAUUGUCUUCCAAUUUUAAUUGAAAUUUUGACUAUAAAUAAAAACAAAAAUAUUGUAUUAAAAUAAUGUUGCUGAAGCUGAAUAGGCAUUUUCACCAAUUCUGAAUUUUUUACAUGCUUAAUUUAUUAUUUGUUGUAUAUGAACUCCAGUUACACUUGGAAGCUGCCUGUAAUCCACUUGUAUUCCAUCAAAAUUAUUUGUAAUUUUUGUUAAAACAUGAAUAUACUUUUAUUCAGGUGGACACACAAUACUAUAUUAAAAUGUAAAACUUGGUUCUAUUUAUUAUGUAGAUAAAUUAUGUUUUAAUAGUAAGAUUAAAGUACAUUUUUUUUUUUUGAGAAAUUGUAAUAGUGAUAAGGUACUAUAACUUAAUUUUUAAAUUUUGGUUUCCUGUGAACUUGAGUUGGUCUACAUGUUGCUUACAAACAUUGUUUAUGCCUAAUUCUUUUGACGAAAUAAGCUUAUGAUACAGAUAAGAAAAAAUGGCAUACAAAACUAAUACUUAAUUGAACAUAGUAAGGUUAAUAUUGAAAUUUAAAUUAUACUUAUUUUUUUUAAACAAGUUAAAAAGUUCAUAUACUGUACUAAUAUAAUUCAUUGGCUAACAAAAAUUUAUUCUGCCUCUCGCCUAUGUAUUUUUCCAUACAUUCUUUCCUCUUCACAAAAAGGAUAAAAUUGUGUUCAUAGCAAAUGUUAUUUAAUAAUUAAAAUAAUAAAUCCAUAAUUGAUCAGUCCUGUUUGUUUGUCAGGUUGGUGCCAGGUGAUCAAUAUGCCAAAGUUUGGUAUUGUUCAGCCUUGCCAGUUAUACCAGAAGUCUAAUUUUUGUCUAGUGUGGCUUCUCAUAAUAAUGUCAUUUGUAAACAAUACCCAUAAUGUUUGAUAUUUUAAUUGUAUUUUGUAAGCAUUGCCUAUCUUUAAUAUGCUGUUUAAUAAUAUUUUCAAGAGGUUUUAGUAUAAUUUAAAAAAAAAUUGCAAAAUAUUCUGUUCCAAAUUAUGACAUAUCUGAAAAUAUAUUUUUGCAGAAAGAGAAUAUAAUGUGUGCCAGUUGUGAAUAUAUCUAUAUUGCUGGAAGUGAACAGUGAAUGCUUGAAAACCAAUAUGAAUUGAAACUGUGUGAUAUAACCUCAUCCUUACUUUAUAGAAGAAAUAUUUUUGUACAAACUCAAGUGAUAUAUUUAAAAAUUACACACACACACAUUAUUAUAUAUAUUUAAUAUAUAUAUAUAUAUAUAUAUAUAUAUAUAUAGUAAUAUAUGGUGUCUUACCUAAUAAUCAGAAACCAUUUUGCCUAAUCAGAGCAAUUUUUUUAUUUUCAAACAUAUGUUUUGAAGCUAGUUUGCUCUUGGCGCUCAAGUGUUAUGGCUCCUCGCUGUCCAACCAUAAACAUUCUGGGACUAUCUGGGCCCCGCUCAGUGGGAAAUAAUAGGCUUAUAUGCUUUUUAUGGUUCCAAGGUUUUUUUUUUCUUUUUUUUUUCUUUUUAAUAUUCAAAAUGUUCUAGGGCAAUCUUUCUCAACUAGUGUUCAAUGGAACCCCAAGAUAACUAAAGGUUCUGUAAGCGAUAGUGAUAAAUAGCCUAAUUCUAAUCAUGUGCAAAUGUAUUUUUGUAUUUAAUUUUUGUCAUUUAACCAGUAUCGAGAAAGCAUAGACAGAAAUACUCUCCUUUCAGUUGACAUUGAUUUCAUUGUGUGUUAUCUAAAAUGCAACCUAGAAUUAUUUCAAGGGUACAAACCAUAUAGGUUGAGAAAUGCUGUUCUAGAGUAUAGAUAGAAAAAAUACUGUGUAUUGAUAAUAGAUCCUGCAUGAUGGUACUGAAUGCACAAAUGUUUAUAAACAUUUUAACAUUCCGCAUUUAUUUUUCAACAUAAAAAGAAAUGUGUACCCAUGGUUAAUUUAUUUAGCUGCAAAAAGAAAAAACUUUCAUACUUUUUGUUACAUAAUUUUAAAUACACAUGGGCAGAGCCUUUAUUGUCAUGAGUGAUAUUUUUUGUCCUCUGAUAAGCUCUGCCCACACUGCUCUUGUAUUUCAUGAAUUUCAUUAUAAAAGUGCAAAUACAAUUUUUUUUUUUUUUUUUAAGAGUGAAUGAUGUGUUUUAGCAUCAUCAGAAUGCUAAUAAUAAUGUAUAUUGAGAACAAGAAUUACUUACAUUGGCCUAGUUUUACCUAUGUUAGACAGCAUUGAGGAAUAAUUCAUAUAUUUACGGUCAGGUUGCUGAAGUUGGUUUUGGCUCGAAUUAAAAAAAAAUCAUGUUUUAUUUCAUUAAAUAUAUCCAUCAAACAACGAAUUUAAAUCGUUGAAUAUGCAAACCUUUAAUGUAAUUUUGUUUGUAAUGCAACUGGCUAUUAUGCACAAUAUAUAUGCCAUCUAUAAUGUAAUAUUUUAUGCCUUGUCAUAAGUUGUUCAGCAGUCAAGAGUUGCUGAACAAGCCAAAUUUACUAAAUAGCUGCUGAAAACUUAAAUAUAACAUAUUGAGCAAGUUCAUUAUUAACAAAUUUGCAUAUUUUAUAAUUUAAACAAAAAAAUCCAACCAACAUUCCUAUAAUUAUUGAAUUGUACAUAACAGGUAAAACUAAGCUUAACUAAUCAAUAUACAGUAAUAGUUAAUUUUAUUGUGGAAAGACUAAUUUCUAAAUAUAUAUUUAAAAAUAUAUGAAAUUGCUCAUAUAGGCUUACUGUGCCUAGUAGUGUGGGUUUGACUAUUAGGUAUGACAAAAUAAAUAUAUAUAUAUAUAUACAGUAUAUAUAAUAUAUAUAUAUGUACAUAUAUAACGUGGCUUAUUUGAUAUUUAAUAAAUAUAAAUUCACAACUUGUUUCAUUACUUCAAUACUUGUUGAUAUUAUAUUAUGUUAUUUGUAUGAUACUGUACUGCAUAAUUAUUUGCACUUCUAGUAGCAAAGUUUUAGAACUUCAACCCUGUAGGUCUACUGUAUGGAGCAGGCAAUGCUUUUUGGGAAUUAAAACUAGUGGCACCUGAAA